CAACGCUAAGCUAACGACCUUUCUUCAAUUCCAUGUCCAUGUGGAUUAUCAAUUAUUACCUCAAUGAAAUCUCUUGGUAGUCUCACUCUACGCUCAAAUCAAUCUCUCCUCAAAGUCAUCAUCUACCUUUUCCUUCUCACCUGCAAGUCUGCGCAGGACACCUCCUCUUCUCUUCUCUCCUCUCCUCUCCUCAAAGUCAUCUACCUUUACUCUCUCUCUCUACCUCUUUGUCUCUCUCUCACACACACUCACACACAUACUUUUUAGUUGAUAAAGGGUUUGAUUUUUAGCUAAUGCUCGUUUGAGCUGGUCCAUUCUAAAUCUCACAUAUAUUCCAUCUAAGCAAGAUAUAUUCCUUUUUUCUUUUCUUUUUUUUCAUUCUCAUUUUUCCUAAAAUUCUUGAUGUGGGUUAUGUGAGAAUUCGAUUCAUAUAUAAAGAUAUUUAUAAUUGUUAGAAAAUUUAAAGAGAGUCUGGUGGUGAUAAGUGGCAGAAUGGCCGCGCCGCCAAGUAGCCGGCUGCAAUAUAUGCUACAGACGGCGGUGCAAGCGGUUCAAUGGACAUAUAGUCUCUACUGGCAAUUAUGUCCCCAACAAGGGAUUUUGGUAUGGGGAGAUGGGUAUUACAAUGGUGCAAUCAAGACUAGGAAGACGGUGCAGCCCAUGGAGGUGAGCGCGGAGGAGGCGUCGCUGCAGAGAAGCCAGCAGCUGAGAGACCUGUACGAUUCGCUGUCCGCCGGGGAGACAAACCCGCCAACACGACGGCCGUGUGCCUCCUUGUCACCGGAGGACCUGACGGAGUCGGAGUGGUUCUACCUCAUGUGUGUGUCUUUCUCAUUUUCUCCUGGUGUGGGAUUACCCGGAAAGGCAUAUGCAAAGCGGAAGCAUGUUUGGCUUACCGGGGCAAAUGAGGUUGAUAGCAAAGUGUUCUCUAGAGCUAUUCUUGCCAAGAGUGCUCGCGUACAGACAGUGGUGUGCAUUCCUCUAUUAGAUGGGGUGGUUGAACUCGGCACAACGGAAAGGGUUCCUGAAGACCUUGGAUUCAUCCAACAUGUAAAGAGCUUCUUCAUUGACCACCACCAAGUUCACCCUCCAAAACCCGCCCUCUCCGAGCACUCGACUUCUAAUCCGGCCGCAUCAACGGACCACACACGUUUCCACUCUCCACCAGUAAUGUAUGCACCCAUUGAUCCCCCAACCAAUGCUAAUCAAAUAGACGAGGAGGAGGAAGAAGAAGAAGGAGAAGAGGAAGAAGAGGAAGAGGAGGAGGAGGAGGAGGAAGUAGAAGGUGAGUCGGACUCGGAAGCCGAAACGGGGCGUAACAGCCGCUUAUCCGGGCUUCAGAACCCUCACAGUGUAGCUCAGGGAGUAGUUGUGACUCAUCCGGCGGCCGAGCCGAGUGAGCUCAUCAUGCAACUUGAGAUGUCUGGGGAUAUUCGACUCGGCACACCUGAGGAUGGCUCCGACAAUUUGGACUCCGAUUUUCAAAUGAUUGCUGCUGGCCAACCCAUCAACACCCUAGCCGAUCAUCAACCCGGUGCUGACUCGUAUAGGGCUGAGUCGACUCGCCGGUGGCCAGUAGUCUUACCAGACCCGUUGGACAGCACUUUGCAAGCUCCAACUUCAGGAGCCCCUCCGUUCCAAGAAUCCACUCAAGAGGACACCCACUACUCCCAUACAGUAUCCACCAUCCUCCACCACCAGUCCACACGGUGGUCCGACUCAUCCUCCACCAUCGCUGCCGCCCGCGUCAUGUACUCUUCCCAAUCAUCUUUCUCUAAGUGGACAAACCGCGCCUCCGACCACCACCACCACCUCCUCCACCAGGUCCCCUUCGAAGCCACCUCCCAAUGGCUCCUCAAGUACAUCCUCUUCACCGUCCCCUUCCUCCACACCAAGGCCCGUGACGACACCUCCCCUAAGUCCCGCGAUGCCAACUCCGACUCCGCCUCCCGCUUCCGCAAAUCCACCCCCCAAGACGAGCUCAGCGCCAACCAUGUCCUCGCUGAACGACGUCGCAGAGAGAAGCUCAACGAGCGCUUCAUCAUACUCCGGUCUCUAGUCCCCUUUGUCACCAAAAUGGACAAGGCCUCCAUCCUCGGCGACACCAUCGAGUACGUGAAGCAGCUGCGGAAGAAGAUUCAGGAGCUGGAGGCGCGUGCGCGUCAGACGGAGAAUGAUCAACGGUCCAGAUCCACGGCGGAGCCACAGAGGACGAGCAGCAUAAACACCAAGGAGCAGAAAAGUGUGGUCACGGCGAGGGCGGUGACUGCUGCGCCAACAGAUAAGAGAAAGAUUAGGAUUGUGGAGGGGAUCGGUGGAGGCGGCAAGGCAAAGGCGGUGGAGUCACAGCCACCUCCUGCACCACCGAAGCCGGUGGAGGGGGUUGAGGUGCAGGUAGAGGUGUCCAUAAUUGAAAGUGAUGCAUUGGUGGAGCUGCAGUGUCCAUACAGAGAAGGGUUGUUAUUGGAUGUUAUGAAGAUACUAAGAGACCUUCGUGUGGAGAUCACAACCGUCCAGUCCUCCUUGACCAAUGGUGUAUAUGUUGCUGAGCUAAGGGCUAAGGUGAAGGAGAAUGUUAAUGGGAAGAAAGCAAGCAUUAUGGAAGUAAAGAGGGCAAUACGUCAGAUAAUACCUCCCAGUAGUGAGUCAAGUAUAUAUAGUUAAAACUUAAUUUUAUAGAGAAUUGAUCACCAAAUUGGUCAUUGAUUGAUCAUUCCAUGUAACAUUAUAUUAUUUAGUAGGUUGUUCAUGAUAUAUAAUAGGUAUCCCACUGUCCCCUUUUCAGCGUAA